AUGGCAGCGGAGUACUCGCAGCAACAGCGGACUCAGCUUGAAGCAGCUGAGCAGAGCUCCGACUGCGGCACAGACCUCAUGCAGUGUCUGGAUGCACUAUUCAACAACUUCUGGGAGAAGCUCCAGCAGCGCGCACAGCACACCAAGACAAAGCGACAGGAUCCCAUGGACCCAAGAGAGAGGAGCUAUGGGCGACCGGGCGAGAGGGGGACUCCCUCGGGCGCAGCACCAGACUAA